GGGAGAUUGAUUAAGAGAUCAGAGGCGACAGGGAGAAAAGAAAGGCCUCCUAUAUAACUCGGUGCCAUGUGAGCGACCACUGUCCAGUGUUUCCACAGUCAACCACUGAGAUCAUCAGCUUUCAUCAAAAUGGGUUUACCACUACUCAAGAUUUGCACAACACUUGCUCUGAGCUUGUCAACGUGGGUGUAUGCAGAUCACAUUGGCUCAUCAUACGGUGCACCAUCGCACAAUGGCGGUGGAGGCAGCUCGUAUGGCGCACCCUCGUUCGGAGGCGGUGGAGGCAGCUCGUAUGGCGCACCCUCGUUUGGAGGCGGUGGUGGCGGCGCCAUAACCUCUGCUUACAGCAUCCCAUCCUCAGCUUACGGUGCACCGUCGGCAGGUUAUAGUGGCGGAGGGGGUGGAGGAGGCUACGGAGAUGGAGAUCAUGGACGACACGAACAAUAUGAACAUCCCAAACCAUACGAGUUCGGCUACUCGGUGAAGGAUCCGCACACGGGCAGCGACUUCAAGCAGCAGGAGACGUCAGACGGGCACACGGUGCGAGGCCAGUACAAGGUGCACUUGCCAGACGGACGCGUGCAGAUCGUCACCUACACGGCCGACUGGAAGACGGGCUUCCAUGCAGACGUCAAGUAUGAGGGUGAAGCUGUCUACCCGUCCACCUACGGCCAUAGCGGGGGCGGAGGCGGCUACGGAGGCGGCAGCUCCACCUACGGCGUGCCGUCAACUAGUUUCAGUCACGGCGGGGGCGGCGAUUAUGGUGGCUCCGGUGUCAGCACCGCCGUCGGCACUUCCUACAACAACCUGGGUGGGGGCGGUCACGGUGGUGGAGGCGGCGGAUAUUCGAGCAGUAGUGGAGGCGGUGGAUAUCCAUCGGCCGGCUAUCAUCAAUCGGAAUCCUCCUACUCGGUGCCUGGAUACUGAAUCAGAAAACCACAUCAAUAACAACAAAGAUUAUUGCUGUACAUUGGAUUUUUGACUGAGCUCGAAUGUCAAAAUAAUUAAAAGUCUUUCCGAACUCAAUAUGAGUGGAGAGAAUGUUGUACAAAAUAUCAUAUUCUACUAGAUGUAAUGUAGGUGUUAAAGCUCAAUGAAUGGCCACUAUGAAAACCUCAAGGUUUUCUUUAAUAGGUUUAAAUCACAAUAUUCCAAAAAUUUCCAAGCUCAAGUUGAAUCACAGCCUUUAACUCAUCACGAGAAGGACCAUGGUUUUAGUUUUCAAAUGACAACCAGCGGCUUUCUCGUUAUGCGCUAUACGCCCUAUACCCUAUAUACAUCAUAUUCAUAAAACCCCAUACCCUAUAUCCCAUAUCUCUAGUUGACUAAUGCCAUGCUCAACGAACAGACAACUCCGUCAUUAAAUAUCGUUCUAAAAAUCAGGUCUAGUUUUAGCCUCUAUCAGUUGACUGAAACUUACCAUAUCUAUGAUGAUUUAUAAUAUUACUAUCAAAACUCAAUGCUUUCAAAUUGCACUGAUCUAUCAACUGAAUGAACGUUGCCACUAUGUACCGAAUUGUUCAGAAGCCAUGGCAUUAUUCUAAUAGACAUGGCUGUGGUUGAAUUCAUUAUUUUAUCUCCAUUCGAUACGGAUACUGCAAACACUGCAAACUCCUAAUUUGGACACUGCAAAUAUUUGAGAAGUUUGACAUUUUUCCCACUUGAAUUUUAUGAAAAUGUAGUAACGGUAUACCAAGUCUUUUCACCUACUGGUAGUAAUUUUAAAUAAAAAUAUUUUUUCUAUGUCGUUUCGCUGGACAGACUAUAAAUAGUUGAUCUUAUUUCCUACAUGUAGGGCAUUAUGAAUUAUUGACAAGAAGGAAAUUCAAAUUACAUCAGUUCAUUGCUUUGUUCCUGAAAAUUACUAAAAAUCCUUUGCUUGAAAUUCGAAAGAGAUAAAUAAGAAUAAAACUGAUGAUUUAUAUAAGUUGGUGAUCCCAACAUUUUACCAAAUAGAGAUAUAUGUUACCUUAUUGGAGUAUCAUAAUGUGUUAAGAAGAUGGUCUUCUGACAAUUGUUGUAAUUUAUUGAUAUUAGUUUGUAAUUAUUUUUUAUUAUAUUUAUUCGUAUAAAAGUUUUCUUUAUAUUUUCCUUCUCUAUUGUACAUUUUCUCCUCAACCAAGCAGAUGAUUAGGAAAUUUAAGGAACCCGUAGUAGGCAUAUUCAAAUUCCAAUAAUUGGAAGACAAGAAUUUAUAAAAAUCGUUGAUAAAAAGACUUGAAUUAACAAAAUUAAUAUCUUAUUCGAAUAACAACCAACCACUUCUAGUAGAUCUACAGACUAUUCAUAUAUAAAAAUAAUAUUGGAGAGUGUAAUAUUAUUAAAUGUUGUAUAAUUAUAAAUGUUACGAUUUUUCAAAUAUGUUCCGGAUAUUUAAAUGUAGCAAACAAAUUUCAAGGGUCCCAUAUAGUUGAUGUUGAUGUAAACAAAAAGAAUCCAAGUCUUGAUACAGUAAAUUAUUAUAUCAAUCAUGAUUUGAAGAUCAGAACCAAAAUUUAGAGAAUAACUUAAUCAUUCGUCCAUUUUUCAUGAAUUUCUCAUUUGAAGAGAGGGUAAUACAACAAAGAACACAUCAUGUUACAUCAAAUUCAACGUUCAUUAUAAAGCCGCAAAAUAUCAAGUUUGACGUAUUGAAGGGAUAUAAUAUCAAUUUAUAGAAUAUAAAUAUAAUCCAAAGAUUUAUUGCCCACAUAAAUCUUUAAAGUCUAUUUUUGAGCCAGUGAGUCCAGUAACUUGUUAUUUUUACAUUUCUAUAGAAUCACUCUACAGUUAUUUCAAUUAUUUUUACUUUUCGGUCUCUCAUCAGUAUAUUAUCCAAACCAUAAAAAAAUUAGGUAACACAAGACAAUAAAAAUUCCAGUUGUAAUAAAUAUUACCUUCUCAUUCGUUUGUUAAUAUUGAGUUUGUUUCUUGUUACACUGUUAAAUACUUGAAGGAAUAAAAACAUAUUUCAAUUUCAAUAUUGGCAUAACCAGAAGUGCCUGAGUACGGUAUCUUGCCUGAUGUAGAAUUGCAUAAAUGAAUUUUAAAAUGAAAAAGUUUAUAAUGAAGACAUAUAAAUAACAAAUUUAUGACCUACAAUGCAUACAUUUAUCAGAUUCAAAAUAAGCAUAAUUAAUAUUGAGUAAUUAUGUAAUUGACCAAUGUUUCUGUUAUAUCCUUGAUAUUUCAAGAAUAAUUUAUGACUUGGUAUUUAUUCACCCACGUCAAUGGAAAAUUAGUCACACCGGUUUAUGAAUUUUUCUACUCAACUUGAUUGGUGAUUAUACUUUGUGUGACUGCACUUCAAAGUUGAAUUAUCGUCCUUCAUUAUGAUAAAAUAGGAGUGAUUAAUUAUUACAGCAGAAAAAUGAGAGAAAUAAUAAAAAGGAAGGUCUCACAAAACAAAGGAAUUUCUCUGUAAAAAUUAAUGAGAGAUCAACUUUUUAAUCAUUCUGCUAUAAGAUUCUUUUGAUACUUUUGAAAUGAAAGAUUCUUUUGAAUUCCUAAUAAAUUCAUAAAUAUUAUAGUAUAAAAUUGAAUAAAUUACAUGUUGAAAAAUGAGUCACAGUGAUUAAAAGUGAAUUAGGGAAACGAUUAAAUUAAAAGGAAAACAUUUCUAUUCAUUCAAUCAUUAGCAAAAUAAUAUAUUUCACGCUACAGUCUUGAUUAACUUCUAAACACUUCCAACGUGGAUAUUUGAGUAGACUUUUAAAUAUUAUAGGUAUAUAAUAAUAUAUUUAUUCAACAUAGACUAUUGAAUAAUAUAACAGUCUAGCCUAUUAGGCACUUCUACUGUCUAAUAUCUAGGGUACCCAUCCUCUACAACCUGUCUGUCAGCCUUCUACAGCAUAGUAAUGUGUAUUACCAUUUGUUUUUCGACUGUUACUCUGUUAUAUUUUUGCAUUUUAUGCUAUGUGGCCUGCAUUAUUAUUGAGGAUGAGGAUUCAAUUCAAUUCAAAAGAAUUGUUAGAAUAUAAAAUCAGUCUAAGCAGUGACAUUUUGUGCAGAAGAGUAGUAGUGGACAUCCUAUUUAGGCUACCGGUAUUGAUUCAUAGUAGGCUAUUGAUUCAUCAAUAGAUAUUGAAGUUCAAAUUUUUAGUAGUCAUUUAUAUACAUUGCAUGGAAAAAUUAGGUACUAGAAGAUAAUAUCUUCCAUAUCAUGGAAGAACAUUUUUAUCUUUCCCAUAUUAUGGGAUUGCACUGGUACAGCACGAUUAAGGUAGGUAUAAAACCCACAUCAUUAAAUUGUACCCUAACCACCAAUCAGCUCACUGGAAUAUUUUCUUUAUCACACCCCACAUUUGAACUUCCAUCGACAUGAGAGAGUGAAUUAAUUCUAUACCUCCCGAAAUAAAGAUAAUCGAUCUUAGAAGAGCCUAUUAUUUCCAUUUAGGCUGUUCAGAUGUGUUUUUCUCAGCAAAUCCGUUCUCUUGAGGUGUGUAUCAUUCCUCAUGAUCGACCAACAUGUCGAUCUUGACUUGCUAGUUGCAUUCUAUAUAGACAGAGAGCAGCAGUUGAUGACUAACCAGUUGAUAAUACCACUUGUAUCAAUAGUUAUAUCAAUACUUAUAUCAAUCGACUGCCUCUGGACUUUAAUGUAUUAUUAUCUUAUGAUAGAAUGUGUUAUGAAUAUGGUAAAUGUGUUCAAAUGUGAUAUAACACUUUUAUACCAAAGUAUGAAACUGUAUUUAUAAUAUGCAUAAACUUUGAUACUGGUAUGAAUACCAGUGGACCAGUGGACGAGUGGACUUUCUGGACUACCGUAGUGUUUCUUAUAAAAAUAUAAAAAAUCUCAAUUUUGCUAUUCCAAAUACCGUAAAAAUAAAAAUUGUCUUCUUA